UAAUCUGAUUUAUUAUUCCUAAUAUUUUUCAAUAAUGUUCCAGCAGCUUCUCAUAUUUUUGGUUUUAAUUGAAGCUUUGCUUGCUUGUAUUCCCACUCAACAAAUUGAGCCACCGACUGAAGCACCUUUCCCCUGCAAUGUUUGUUCAAAAAUUUAUAACUCUGGUUGCCAAGGAUUUGGGCUUCCAAGUGCAUCAAAUUGGUGCUCUACAGCUGCUCAGGUUCCAGUCAGUUAUACUUUAGGCGUGGGGCCUUCGGAGGCUUCCUCAUUACCCGACGUUUGCUCAAGCCAAUUCACAUGUCCUGCUGGAACUUUUAUUAAAGUUACAUUGAUCAAUGGGGUCACUGUUAUCUCUGGAAAUACGAAUGGCGCACCUCAAGUUGUGUACUGUUUUGAAACUGGAGCCUAUGCGGCCACAUGGUGGGUGCAUAUCGAUGAUGAUGAUCACUCUUAUGACAUUUCAAGCAUCGAAUGCAAAAAUUUGUAAGCUGUUUAUUAAUAAGUGUGUUUUUUUUUUCAAGGAAAUAAAUUUUAGUUUUU